GCCGGCGCUCCUGAGCCGCCUCCCGCCAUGGGCAGCGCCGAGAGCCGCGAGGGCCGCAGGGCGUCUUUCGGGAUGGACGAGGAGGAGCGGGUCCGGGUGCUGCAGGGCAUCCGGCUGUCUGAAAACGUGGUUAACCGCAUGAAGGAGCCCGGCCAGCCGUCCAGAGUCGGGCCGCUGGCCCCUCCAGCUGCUGCCCUUGGCUCCUCCGGAGGCCGGGAGAAAGACUCGAAACCACCCAGGCCGGACUGCAGCAGUGGCCGGGGGCCUCCGCGGGUACAGGUGGACCCCCUUGAGAGGUAUGCUGAGGAGCCACUUGCCCCGGGCCACGCCUUCCUCACCAGGUGCGACUGGGAGCAGGCUGUGCUCCAGGACGAGCUGGUCCGUGUGGCCACAGCAGACAGGCAGGCAGCUGCGAAGCCCCGGAGCGUGACGCUGCGGCGCGGGGAGGGCGGUGUGGACCAGGAGCAGCAGCGGUUGGCCCAGCGGGCCAGGGAGCUGGAGAACCAGGAGGCGGAGCUGAGACGCCGCGACGCCUUCUACAAGGAGCAGCUGGGGCGCCUGGAGAGGCAGAACCUCGAGGCAUACAGGCUGUCGUCUCAGCAGUUCCACGAGGCAGCCACGAAGAUUGAGGGCACCAUCAAGCCGCGCAGGGUGGAGCCGGUGUGCUCCGGGCUGCAGGCCCAGAUCCUGCACUGCUACCGCGCCCGCCUGCAGGAGGUGCUGCUCUGCGCCGACCUGGUGAGGGCUUACCAGCACUGCGUCAGCUCUGCACACAAGGGCUGACGCAGCCUCGCCCCGGGCCCGCCGUGACGUGGAGCCUGAAGCCUGGACCUGCUGUGAGGCCACUGUCCAGACCCCGGCUGCGGCCUCCCUGCCGGUGCCCCUGCCCCUGUGCUGGAGAAGGCAUGUGUGUGCCCCGCUCGCAGACAAAUAAAGCAGACGUCCUGUG